AUGAGUAUAGUUGUAUUUCCGGAAGAUCCAACCACUAAAAGCAAGCGAUUAAAAUUUGAAAAACAUCAAGCCAUUGCAGAUUGGCUUUUGAAAGAAAGCAAGGAAGGAAAACUCAAAUAUGGAUCUUUAAAACAAGCUAGUAUUUUGUUCAACAAAUCAAGAAGAACUAUUUCACGCAUUUGGAAGCAAUGUAAAUCAUCUGUUGAUAAUGGUACACCGUUGGAUGUGUCUUCGAAACUUGUAGGCAGAGUUGGAAGAAAAUGGGUGGAAGUUGACAUUAAUCAAGUUAAAGAAACUCCACUUUGUCAUCGAACAAAUAUUCGAUCUCUGGCUUUUGCGAUGAACAUGACAAAAUCAACUGUCUUUCGGCGGAUAAAAGAUGGCACUAUUCGGACACAUACCAAUUCCAUUAAGCCUCAACUAACCGAACAAAAUAAGAAGAGUGAAAGGUACUACCUACUUCCUGAAGAACAUGAGACUGAUCCAUAUCGCUCUUGCAAAAGUAAAAACUUUAUUCCAAAAGUUAUGUUUAUGGCUGCUGUUGCUCGUCCUCGAUUUGAUGAAAAUGGAAUUGAGCUAUUUUCUGGAAAAAUAGGUAUUUUUCCAUUUGUAGUUAAGGAACCAACUAAGCGGAAUAGCAAAAAUCGAACAGCAGGAACUCUCGAAACAAAACUCAUUAUAUCAGUAACUAAAGAUAUCACUAGGGCUUGUUUGAUUGAGAAAGUUCUUCCUGCCAUUAGAUCAAAAUGGCCAGCUUGGGAUUCAAACAUUCCUAUCUUUAUACAACAAGAUAAUGCAAGACCACAUAUUGGUGUCAAUGAUUUGGAAUUUGUUGAAGCUGCCCAAAAAGAUGGAUUCGACAUUAGACUAUGUUUUCAACCACCUAACAGCCCUGAUUUAAAUGUGUUGGACCUUGGAUUUUUUAGAGCAAUCCAAUCUCUUCAAUAUCAAAAGGCUCUUUCAAAUGUUGAUGAAUUAGUGGAAGCGGUGGAAAGAUCUUUUGAUGAAAUGAAGGUUGAACAACUCAACCAUAUAAUCAUGCCUCUACAAAAAGCAGUCAGAGGUGGUCCAGCUAGGAGGAAUGUUGAGGAGCAAGAACUACCCAAUGCACUUGAGGUGCAACCGCAAGGAGAAGUGACCAAUGCUGAGUUCAGAGAGGAAGAGCCUGACACUUCAAGGAUUCGAGAAUUCUUGAGGACGAACCCUUCAAGUUUCACUGGUUCAGACACUACUGAUGAUCCGGAGAACUUCAUUGAGGAGUUGAAGAAGGUAUUUGAGGUGAUGCAUAUUGCUGAUACUGUGAGAGUUGAGCUAGCUGCAUAUCAGAUGAAAAAUGUUGCUAGGACUUGGUUAGAUUAG